AUGGAAGUAAACGACGGCCAGGUCAAGAUCCACUCUCGGCAGCAACAGGAGCCACUGAAGCAAAAGACGCAAGCAGAGCUGGAGAAGGAGAUCUGGCAAGAAGCUCAUCGAGUGGCCUGCGAGCAAAACCGCAAAAAGUACAUCGACCCCAAGACCGGGUACACAGUCAUGACCGAGCUCCUCCAUAAGCGUCGAGGAUACUGCUGUGGAAACGCCUGUCGCCAUUGUCCAUACAACAACGAGAACGUCGGUGUCUCGCCAGAGGUCAAGAGAGCCAAUAUCAAGAGGGGGAAGCAAAAGAGAAUGGAGAUCGAGGCCAUAGAGGGCAAGCCCGUCUGGGCCGAUGAGAACUCUGAUGAUGCGUACAGUGACUAA